AUGACAAAUAUCUGCAGCGAAUACCGGAAUAAGGAGAUACAUAAGCCCUUUGUCUUGUCGGCAAUACAAACGGCACCAUCAUAUCCUGUGACGUUACAGAAUCAGACUAGCUCAAGCACAGCCAUACGACCUAGAUCUCUUUAUACCGCGCACAAUUAUCAUGCACAAUCUGAAGAUCCUAGUUUUCAACGAUACAACGAGUUGUCUAAGUACUUCGAACCCCCGGCCGAACAGUGGAACGGCGGAGGAACCGGGUAUUCAGGAUCGGCGGCGAUCUGGCGACAGCCCAGGAAGUCGAUCGGCGGACCUUACUACGCAGCUGACGAGGCUUCCAUUUAUACGGAAAACUGGAGGGAGCAUGACACCGACGCCGGGGUCGGCAGCGUCGUUGCCACCCCCCAUGGCACUAUAUCGUUGAGGCUGCACAAUAGAAUACGCGUGGAUAUGACCAUUGAUCGCGCCGUCAGGGUUAUCAACUUUAAGAACAAUAUUGUUCUUUCCUUGAGCGGCUCCGGAGCGGCUGCCGCUUUACUACAUCCCAAUGGUAGGAUAUAUCAAUACGGUUCCCGGGUGGAGAUCGUCGCCCACGACAUGCACGGCAAUAACAAAUAUGCGAAAAUGUGGUACAAAGGAGUCAGUUUUACGUCAGAGCAAUGCGCUCUCGUUUAUCUGGUAGACACAGCUGGGACCAGGACCACGACGGACUCUUUCUCGGAUAUGAGUCAGGACUUCUCGCUGAGUGUCUUUUACUCGGAGUCUCGUCAUGGACCAACUUGUCUACAAGAAGCUGCGGCACAUCUCAAUACGGCUCAGUAUUGGCAAACAGAUGAAGGGGUUGAGAAUUGGAUUAUCAACAAUAUUAGAAUAUCCCAAACUCCCGAUGGUCUUGUCAGGAUUGCGCGAAACAGCAACAAAUAUCAAUUACGCACAUCGCCCAGCAACGGCACAGCAUCCUUGACGACGCCCUUCCUGCACUGCACCGCAUCUUUGGGUCAAACCUCGCAUCUGUUCGUGCGUCGCGGUGAACGUCGCAUGCACUACGAUGGUACCAGCUUUAUAGUGAGAAACGCGGGUCAUAGCGCCGGUUUCGAUGACAAUAAUCAGUUGAAGGUUUAUUAAUAAGAGCAAGAUUCGAUUCCUGCUGGGUUUGCCUACAAAACCGAGUAAUCCCAACUCGGAUUACUA